AUGGCGCCCGCCACGUCGCUGUCCUCGCAUGAGCGGACACGCGUGGAAGACUACUUGAAUGACAAAAUUCAAGUUUCUGCCGACCUCGAGAGUUUGGAUUCACUGCUUUCCAACCUCCGCGUACAGCAGGAGCUCCAACGGAAGCAGCUAGCAGAGGCACACCGAGCCCUUUCAAACGCGACGAAAGCUUCAAAUGACCAUGCGGAAGCCACUCGCAAACGUGCCGAGGCCUUUACGGCCGAGCAGGCGGAUAUUGAUCGGCGGCUGAAGGCCAUUACACAAUCGGAGACCAGCGACGAGGCUGUGCAGCACCUUGAGAAGAGCAUGAAAAGGCUACAGCGACUAGAGAUUUCCACAGGAUACGUGAAGUUGCUGAAAGACGCCGAGGAGUUGAGCAAGGAAGCCUUGGAGAGUAUAUUUUCGGACCCUCGUGCCUCUUUGAGCCCUUACAUCCGACUACGUGGUAUCGUCCUGUCGUUAAAAGAAGCUCAGCCUGCCGCCGAAGGUGCCGCCCCCCAUCUUAUCGAUUACACAGAGAAAUUGGCGUCAGCCUUGCGACAGCAGCUGAAAACGAUUUUUGGGGACCGACUGCGAAAAACACUGGAGGCUAUGAAAUGGCCAACACGAGAAUUGAAUAUCAAUGAUAAACUGCUGGCUCAAUGGAGGCAGGAAGUGGAGCUCUUGAUCGAUUUGCAAAUGCCGGAACUUCCGACUCGUGACGCAUUUGAUAUUGGUCAAAGCCUUGAACCCUCGGUUCUCUUCCCAUUAGAAGUGAUGGUACAUUCACUGGACCUUCGGUUCAAGUACCACUUUAGCGGCGACAAGCCUACAAAUAGGCUCGACAAGCCCGAGUAUUUCCUGGCCCACAUUAUGGAUCUUAUCAAUCAAUUCGGAGGCUUCUUCAACUCAUACCUGCAGCCAAUUCUCGAUGACAAAGCCCAAUCAGUAGGGCCGACUUUGGAAUGGCACUUCUAUAACUCCAUUCAUACUUACAUUACAGCAUUGCUACCAAUGCUGAGGCAAAAGAUUGAUUCGUUUCUACCGCAAAUUGGAGAUCACCCCCAACUGCUCAGCCAUUUUGUGCAUGAAUUGAUGAGUUUUGAUAACGACAUCCGAGAAAACUCGGCCUACCUACCAGACCCCUACGCAGCAGGGAAUUGGAAAGGCAUGACCUGGGAAGUGCUCACGAAGCAGGGAUGGUACGAUCGCUGGCUUCAAGUUGAAAAGGACUUCGCACUGGCUCGGUAUAAAGAUAUCAUCGACACGCCGGAUAGUGGCCAGAUUGACUAUGACGGUGUUGACGUGACUGCAAGCAAGCCUACCAAAGCUGCAAUUCGAGUGAAUGACCUUCUCGAAACCAUCACUGAACGUUACCAGCCGUUAUCUUCGUUCAGCCAGAAGCUUCGUUUUUUAAUUGACAUUCAAAUAACUAUCUUUGACCAGUUCCACGAACGUCUCCACGAGGCCUUGGAUGCUUAUCGGACCAUGACCUCAACUAUUGGCCGCACCGUACAAGGCGCUGAAGGCCAAGCGAGUGUAGAAGGCGUUGCGGGCCUUGAACGCCUUUGCAGAGUGUUCGGUAGUGCCGAGUAUCUCGAGAAGAAGAUGGGGGACUGGAGCAACGACAUCUUCUUCAUUGAGCUGUGGUCUGAGUUGCAAGAGCGGGUUCAACAGAACCGCGGCAGUGGCCGAAACCUGGCUGGGUCUAUGUCCGUUGCAGAAGUUGCCUCGCGCACGUCGCCCGCGGUCACAAAUAAUGAUUCUAAUGACGCACAAUCCUCCCCAGACGGGGCGCUUUUCGAUGAAACAGCCUCCGCGUAUCGCCGUCUCCGACUUCAAUCUGAAUCCAUUAUCAUCUCUACAUUGACGUCCAAUAUCACCGCCACCCUAAAGCCCUAUUCUCGCACGGCGACUUGGGCAACGCUCUCCACGCCAUCUGCCGAUGCAGCCGCUACUCCCCUUUCGCUUUCUUCUGACUUGGCACAUGCGAUGCGCACUCUCUCCACGCAGCUCUCAUUCCUUGCUCGCGCGCUGGGAAUUGCGCCUCUCCGACGUGUUUCACGCCAGCUCCUCCUCUCCAUUCAAAAUUAUAUUUGGGAUAAUGUGCUCAUGAGGAAUAAUUUCUCCGAAGCCGGGGCUGCGCAGCUUGCUAGUGACGCCGAUCAUCUCAGCAGUGUUGUCGACACGGCUCUCGGGCCUGCAGCCCCCGUGGACGGGUCAUUUCGCAUUCUGAAGAAGCUCAGCGAAGGACUGCUUCUUCUGAACCUUAGCGCCUCGAUUGAGUCGGACUCGGAGAAUCCGGGCGAGGGGGAUGUUUCUCUGGGCUUGUGGGAUGUCGAGAAGAGGCUGUUCAAGGACAAUGAAAGCGCACGGGCUGUGCUUGCAGAGCUGGAAAUUGAUGGAUUAGCCGAAGCCGAGGCGCGCUCUGUGCUUGAACGUCGUGUUGAGAUUGGUAGCUAG